AUGGGUCGCACAAAGGUCUACUUUGAUGUCACCAUCGGCGGCCAGCCGGCGGGUCGAAUCGUCAUGGAGCUGUUCAACGACGUGGUGCCGAAGACGUGCGAGAAUUUCCGCGCAUUAUGCACCGGCGAGAAGGGCAAAGGCAAAAAAGGCGUUCCGCUAACCUACAAAGGCUGCAAAUUCCAUCGAAUCAUCCCCAACUUUAUGAUUCAAGGCGGCGAUUUCACCGCCGGCGACGGCACCGGUGGCGAAUCGAUCUACGGCGAGAGUUUCAACGAUGAGAACUUCAAGGAGAAGCACACGGGACCCGGAAUUCUCUCAAUGGCCAAUUGUGGUCCCAAUACGAACGGCUCGCAAUUCUUUCUAUGCACCGUAAAAACUAAAUGGCUCGAUGGCAAGCAUGUCGUGUUCGGCAAAGUCAUUGAAGGCAUGGAUGUUGUGAAGGCCGUCGAGAGCAAGGGGUCCGAUAGUGGCGAGCCGAAGGCGGAGUGCGUAAUUGCGAAGUGCGGACAACUUUAA